GAGGUGAGAGCCAAGAUGCCCUCGCGGUGCCCCUCCAGCCCUCGGCGCCUGGACGCCGUCACUUUCCCCGGGGACCUGGCCCGGCCCGUCCGCGCCGUGUGUCCGCGCCUGGCACAGCGCGUGGCACCUACUAGGCAUUUCGCGCGGCGCGACCGUGGCGGCCCCGCGCGCACCCCCCGCCCGGGCACAGGCCCCGCCUCGGCGCCGCUGAGCCCACCCCCUCCCGCCGCCGCCAUUGGCCGCGCGCGCCUCCGCCCUCGGCCUCGCACUUCCUGGCGGAGCCAUGGCUGCGCACCGGGCCGGCCCCGGGGCUGCGGCGCCCGCGCCCCGCCGCCCCGCCCGCCCGGCACCCCCGCCGGGAGCCCCCGCGCCGCGCCCGUAGCGCCUCCGAGCGGCCUCCGCGCCCGCCUGCGGCCCGGACCGCCGCGCGCCGCCGUCGGGGGACCGGGGGCCUGCCUGCCUGGGAGGACCCCGGCCCGGCGAGCGCCUCCCCGCCCGGCCCCGCGGCGCCCCUUUGUGCUGGGGCAGGUGUGCGGCGGAGCGGGGAGGGGCGCCGCCCCCGCCGGUGGGACGGGUGCAGUCCCGGCGGCCGGCCCGCGGCCCAGGACUGUGACCGCUCUUACGAUGGAGGGAAGCCGGCUGACGAAAGUGUCUCGACCCUACAAGAUCAGCGAGUCUUCAAAGGUGUACCGCUGGGCUGAGCACUCGACCACAGUGCUACAGCGGCUGAAUGAGCAGCGUCUGCGUGGCCUCUUCUGUGACAUCGUCCUGGUGGCCGACGAGCAGCGCGUGCCAGCCCACCGCAACCUGCUGGCCGUGUGCAGCGACUACUUCAACUCCAUGUUCACCCUGGGCAUGCGUGAGGCCUUCCAAAAGGAGGUGGAGCUGAUUGGUGCCUCCUACAUCGGCCUCAAGGCCGUGGUGGACUUCUUGUACGGCGGGGAGCUGGCCCUGGAUGGCGGCAACAUCGACUACAUCCUGGAGACGGCCCACCUGCUGCAGAUCUGGACUGUGGUGGAUUUCUGCUGCGAGUACCUGGAGCAGGAGGUGAGCGAGGACAACUACCUGUACCUGCAGGAGCUGGCCUCCAUCUACAGCCUCAAGCGGCUGGAUGCCUACAUCGACGGCUUCAUCCUGAGCCACUUCGGCACACUGUCCUUCACCCCUGACUUCCUGCAGAACGUCUCCAUGCAGAAGCUCUGCGUGUACCUGAGCAGCAGCGAGGUGCAGCGGGAAUGCGAGCACGACCUGCUGCAGGCCGCCCUGCAGUGGCUGACGCAGCAGCCGGAGCGCGAGGCCCACGCCUACCAGGUGCUGGAGCACAUCCACUUCCCGCUCAUCCCCAAGAGCGACCUGCUGCACCGCGUCAAGCCGGCCGUGUGCUCGCUGCUGCCCAGGGAGGCCAACUGCGAGGGCUUCAUCGAGGAGGCUGUGCGCUACCACAACAGCCUGGCGGCCCAGCCGGUCAUGCAGACCAAGCGCACGGCUCUCCGCACCAACGAGGAGCGCCUGCUGUUCGUGGGCGGCGAGGUCUCCGAGCGGUGUCUGGAGCUCAGUGAUGACACCUGCUACCUGGACGCCAAGAGCGAGCAGUGGGUCAAGGAGACACCCCUGCCGGCCCGACGGAGCCAUCACUGUGUUGCUGUGCUGGGGGGGUUCAUCUUCGUCGCUGGCGGCAGCUUCUCGAGGGACAAUGGAGGGGACGCAGCGUCCAAUCUUCUUUAUAGGUAUGACCCCCGCUGUAAACAGUGGAUCAAGGUGGCCUCCAUGAACCAGCGCCGUGUGGACUUCUACCUUGCCUCCAUCGAAGACAUGCUGGUGGCCGUUGGUGGCCGGAAUGAGAAUGGAGCUCUCUCCUCAGUAGAGACUUACAGUCCCAAGACCGACUCCUGGUCCUACGUGGCCGGCUUGCCGAGGUUCACCUAUGGCCACGCAGGCACCAUCUACAAAGACUUCGUGUACAUCUCGGGGGGCCACGACUACCAGAUCGGCCCCUACCGCAAGAACCUGCUGUGCUACGACCACCGGACGGACGUGUGGGAGGAGCGCCGGCCCAUGACCACCGCGCGGGGCUGGCACAGCAUGUGCAGCCUGGAGGACCGCAUCUACUCCAUCGGGGGCAGUGACGACAGCGUGGAGUCCAUGGAGCGCUUCGACGUGCUGGGCGUGGAGGCCUACAGCCCGCAGUGCAACCAGUGGACCCGCGUGGCCCCGCUGCUGCACGCCAACAGCGAGUCGGGCGUGGCUGUGUGGGAGGGCCGCAUUUACAUCCUGGGCGGCUACAGCUGGGAGAACACGGCCUUCUCCAAGACGGUCCAGGUGUAUGACCACGAGAAGGACAAGUGGAGCAAAGGCACCGACCUGCCCAAGGCCAUCGCCGGCGUGUCCGCCUGCGUCUGCGCCCUGAAGCCACGGCUGGAGGACAAGAAGAAGAAGGGCAAGGCCAAGAGGCACCAGGACCGGGGCCAGUGACCCCACCGUGCCCGCUGGGGACCGGGUCCCCACCGCCACCUCCCAGAGUGUCUGUAGGCCAGCAACGACUUCCUAGAACCCUGGAACCAUGAUGUAUCCUUUAGCAGCUUUUUUUACUUUUAUGAUUCUUAGUAUUUCUAUACUAUCACCGUAAUCGAUUAAAUAUUCUACGUAACUUUACAUAGUAUCUUGCUUGAGUAAUUAAACCUCGGCCUAGACAGGAAGUAUCCCCUUAGGUCUAUACAGGGCUUCUCUCCACAUUACAAAUUUUGGGGGAUACUUCAAGCAUCUCCCCCUCCCCCCUAAGAGUAGCAAGGGCAGGGGUUACGUAGAAAUGUUUGUAGUGAAACUAGAGGCUUCGGUGGAACAUUUCAGAUCCUCCAGCCCCGAGCCUCCCCAAACCUGGCUGAGCUUUUAAAAAUGCAGAUUCCUGGGCCCCCGCCUCGGAUUGACUGAAUCUAAAGCUACCAGGAGUGGUGAAGGGAGUGGCUGGAAACUAUUUAACCAGUUCCUGGAAUGACUGAGCAUCAGCCACAUUAGGGAAUCACGGACAGGGUCAAGUGCAUUUGUUUUUAUGAGUGGGGACACAGGGACCUGGAGAGGGUGAGAGAGUGACCAGGGCUCACCAGGUCACCUAGGGAAACCUGGACUUCUCACCGGGGAGGUAUCCCCCUGAGGAUUUUCUUACCGAGUGACUGUUGUUUCUGAAUUCUCAGUUUUCCUGGUUAGUAAUCUUCCUGAAUUCCAAAAGGGUUUAAGUAAUCAGGAAAGAAGGGAAAACAAGGCCUGAAGCUCUUUAUAAAUAUUAUUCUAUAAUUUGUGCUUUUUUUUUUUUUAACUUUCUCCUUUUCCUGGCACCCACUGUUUCUGACGUCUGAGCCCCCAAACCUACAUUUAUUUCUCAGGAAAGAAAAAGGCAGCACCCUAGGAUUUAGCAUUGUUCUCUGACUCCAGCUCCUAGAAGCAUUUCUUGAAAGCUUUUACAUGCGUAAGCGCACGUUAACCCCCAAGAAGGCUGAGUGUCUCGCCAACUCAAGCGACAGGCCCUGGUCCCAGCCAUAGGCUGCUAAGUAGUUUUGUGCUGCUGGGCAAAUUCUUUAAUAAGUCGUGAGCUAUUUCCUCAUUCAUUAAGCAACAGGGUCAGAUGAAAUAACAGCUAGGCUUCUCCCAGCGGUUAAGCUCUUUCAGUCUGUAUAAGCUAUUAAAAUAUUCUGCACCUCCUUUUGAGAUAUAUGACCACCCUGCACUGAUUGCUGCAGUUUCUAGAGCAUCAAGAGUAUGUGCCCUUUAAGAAGAGCUUGAGACUACUGUCCCAAGACACGAUGUAACACAAAGUAUGAUGGGAGGAAAAGAAUGUGACCAGUUUUAAUCAUGGGCCAAAGGAGGCAUUAAUGAUCUAUACCUUGGCAGAGAUGAGAAAAUUUCAAGAUGCAUUGUUAGCAUUGACAUUAGAAGAAGACUAUCAAUUAGCUUUAUUUUAUUUUUGUCUCUUUACUCCCUUUCCUUUCUUUCAAGGGUUUCCAUGAUUUUUAUAGCAGCCAGGAGAGCUGAGAGUGGGUGUUUAAAGCUUCAUUACCCAAAUCAUGGCCCUCUAUUGCUAGCUGGGAAAGCAGUCUGCACAGUUAGCCACUUUCUUAUAUAUGGGAGUCCCUAGAGGCUUACACACUGUGGAGAAGUUCUGCAAGGCAUACAACCCAACCAAAAAACCACACUCUUAUUGUGGCUUGACAACCCUUUUGGGUAUUAAAGGCUCUGAGAAGUCCUGCAUUAACUAUUAACCUUCCAUCAACCAGCAUCUCCAAACUUUGUUGAGCCUGAAACCCUUUUUGUCUUAUACCUAGUCUCAGCCCUCCACGAAACAUAUUUUGCAGAACUUCUACAAACUUUGGGAUAGCUGAGCCCCUCCCUUUUCCAGGAAAGGGUUCAUUGCUCAAAGACCCUUUAGGUCACAGUGGUUCUCAACCUUCUGGCCCUUUAAAUACAGUUCCUCAUGUUGUGACCCAACCAUAAAAUUAUUUUCGUUGCUACUUCAUAACUGUAAUGUUGCUACUGUUAUGAAUCGUAAUGUAAAUAUCUGAUAUGCAGGAUGGUUUUAGGCGACCCCUGUGAAAGGCUCAUUCGACCGCCCAAGGGGUUGAGAACCCCUGCUUAGGAGGCACAGAAUCUAUGGUUUUUUCUCCCUUGCUCAGCCCAGGUAAAGAGGUGAUCGACUAGAACCAAAGGGCAGGAGGGGAAGAGCUCAUAGACUAUUUGUGCCUUGGGAGACAGAUGACUUUGACCUUGGGAGAGGGGUGCCAUCAGUUUGUAGCCUAAGCCAGCUGUUUUAUUCUUGACCGCCAGGACGUGUCCCAGGAUGCAGGCCUCUGGCCUCUGUUCUGACUUGUGCCUUGGUCUUACAAUGUCCUGCCCCUAAUAUUUUGUGAUGUCUCUCCUUCCACUAUGAAGGCACUUUUGUCAUCCACACGGCUUAGAAGCUAAUAUGGAGGUCGAGGGGACAUUUCUUUAAAGGUAGACGUGAUAAGUAAGUGUCCUCUUGUGAACCAACUUCAAAUAAUUGGUGGUGGCUCCCCGUACACUAAGAAAGGUUUUCAAGUUCCUUGGGGUCAGUGGCGGGGCCAGCAUGGUUUUCGCUGUCCAUGAUUCAAGAUGGAAAUCCCCGCUGUGCCGUCCAACUAAGAAUGGAAGGAAACGGCUUUCACUCCGUUUGGCAGGUGGCCUUUUGAACUGCAAAAUCUUGAAGGCCUUGUUUCCAACCAAAGUGAGAAAGACAGGUUCUUGCAGGCUGCCAUCUUGAGACGAAAACAGCAACAUUUGCCAUCAUGUCAUCAAAUUGUCAGUGCUUCGAGCGGAACUGUGAGAGGAUCUGGAUCGUUUGUUUUGAUCCUUCAAAAUAAGCAUGGUGGGCUUUUAUUCAGAUUUUGGGUUGUUUUUUUCCCCUCUUUUAAAGAACUAGAGUUUUAACUUUGUAUUAGUUUUAGGUUUUGAGCUUGGUCCUCAUCCCAGUUGGAACCUUGUUUGCUUAAGACAUCAAUGGAAUCAUGGGAGGGGAGAGAAAAGCUGGAGAAACCCUCUUUCCUCAGAGUGGUCUUUCUGCUGUCGAACAUACGAGUGUACAGAGACUGUCUCAGCAGUGUGCCUGUAUGGAGGGCUCCAUCAGUAUUUUUAACGUUCUGCUACAUUAGCUAGACUAACAGGUAGGACUUCCAGAUUGUGAUCUGAGCAGAAAACCCAUGUGUGUAUUAUAUUCUGAAUGUUCCUCCCCUUGACCCUGACUGAUAGGUGACCUGACCUCAUGAUGACUUAAUAUAAACCCCAAAAGCCAACCCUCAGAGGUGUUCAGUUUUGGGUGGAAACCCAAAUGCCAGGAGGGGGUGGAGUCCCUCCCCUGAGGUCCAGGGACUCCCUCUGUGAGUUCAGGUGAGUUUACCUGUGAUUUGAAGUCCCUGGCUCCAAGUCUGGGAGCGAAUGGCCUUUUGGUGGUUUGAGCAAUGUGGGUUGGGAGAGGACCGCCCCCUCCCCCGCCCCCACACCCCCCCACUCUUAUCCCCUUAUAGAGUUACCAGCCUAUCUCUACCCUGGUCCCCCAUGGCAUGUGGCUUGGCCAGCCCCAGCCCAAGCAGUACCUCACAGGCCUUUAAACUCUUGGAGUUUUUGGCUAGAAUCUCAGACCGCUGGUCCCUAACCUGGAGAGGCAGUUCCAGCCAUGGCCUGGCCAUCCUCGCUGUCUGAAGAUUCUGAGUGUCUUCAGAGGGGAGUGGCGGUGUCCUGGCCUCCAGGACAAACUUCUGGAGCCUAGGGCAGCUCCACAGGGACAUGGAGAUCCUGCAGAGCGCAUCUGCCAAGCCUGGCGGUUUUUAAAGUUUUUUGAAAUGUUUUGAUACUUUUUGAUACCAUUUGCUAAUAACCGUUUUGUAGGUUGCCUGCCGGGGUUUUCCACCUCACCCCCUGGUCCCCACCCCCUUGAGCUUGCACUAGAUAGCAGAUGUCCUGUCCUCAGUGCCAGGAUAGUGCCCGCCUCAUGCGGCUUUGUCUUGGAUCUUGCUCUCCUCCGUGGCUGUGGUCUGAUACAACUCUUGAAUAUUGUAAGGUCACACAUGGCCAAUGAAUAGGACCAUGACUGUCUUAGGCCCCCAACUGAGCAAGAGGGCACUGUUACCCCCAAGGGGACACCCACUCCCUUAAGACGUCCCGUGCUCCUUCAAGCGCCUACCUCAGCAGUGUGCACAGAGUUGAAAAGAUACCUGAGGACAGAUCCAUAGAUCACCUUUCUCAUACGGGUUAUUUCUCAACCCAGGGCAUGGCUGGGGUCCUGAUCCACACUCAUCCACCCAUUCUUUUAAAGAAAUCUUAGCAUGAAAUCCACAGAAUCUGUAACAGUGAACCGUCUUGCACUUUAUAGCAUUGGAGGUUGUUCAUUUCCUUGUGGGUUUUUUUUUUUUUUUUUUUCUUUUUAACAUGGGUAGAGUUGGUGGCUUCUGAUGAUGUUUUGGAGAUCUCAAGAAAUUGUCUUUUGGUUGCCUUAGUUAAAAGAGUUGAGUGAAUGUACAAAUUUGGUGGGCGUGGGGAGAGGGCAGCAGGGAACACCCUUUGCAGGUGAGUUCUUUGAGAAAAAGGACUCCACCCUUUCAAAGUUCCUGGAGGCCAUCUUUACAGGUUUCCUUGAAAUUGAAGGACAAAUAAAGUCCUUUGGAAUCAAUCGAAGUUAAUCAUUACCGUCAGCCUUCUGUCAAAAUGAGUAAGAUGUUUGACAAUUAAGUCAUUCAUUGGGUAUGUUCUGGCUACUGAUGCUGUCAAAAUCUGUAAUCGUGUGCUUGUUUUUUUAAUCUGCUGCUUUUGAAUUUGUAAUUUUAUGACACUCCAAGCUUUUCUGUGUCUUAUUUCUGUAUAAUUCAUUUCCCGCACGUUGAUUUUUUUCUUUAAUUCCAUGCAGAGUAUUCAUUUCCCGAAACACAUUAAAAUGAUUUGCCUGCUAGGGUAUGGCUUAUUUUAUAAUUGCA